GCCUUCUUCUGUUGUUGUUGCUGCUGCUCCAUGUGUUUUGAAGUCUCAAGCACACUAUACUUUACUUUACUCUACCGCUUCACUUCCUCUUCACUUUACUAUACCCACCCGGAGCAGCAGCUGCGAGGCCGUUCUCUCUCUCUCUCUCUCUCAGCUUCCCACUCAACUAACUGCACCACCACCACCACCACUACUAGUCAAGUCCCUUUGGCUUUCCUUCUCUUCCUCCGUUGGGACAGGGCAGAAGAGAAGAGGAGAGAAGAGCAGUGAGGAGAAGAGAAGUGAAGAGAAGUGAGAGUCGAAGCAAGCUACCGCAGCAGCAACAGGUCAUGGAGACGUGGAGGAGUCAUGCUGCUGCAUUGGAAGCCAUGUUGUUGUUGUUGCUGACGAUGAUGAUGAUAGAUGUGCCGGUCUCUGUGGAGGCUGCUUCUGCGACGGGGAGUCGCUUUAGGGGGGGUGGUUUGAAUUGGGGCCGAGCUCACGCCACUUACUAUGGCGGGGCUGAUGCUUCCGGCACCCAAGGGGGCGCGUGUGGAUUCGGAAACCUCUACAGCUCCGGCUAUGGCACUGACACUGCGGCGCUGAGUUCCGCUUUAUUCAACAGCGGACUCAGCUGUGGAGCAUGCUACGAGCUUACUUGUGACCCCAGUGGUUCCAAGUUCUGUAUCCCUGGAGGAUCAGCAAUCAUCACCGUGACCAACUUCUGCCCCACCGGUUCCAAUGGAGGCUGGUGCAAUCCUCCGAAGCAGCACUUUGACUUGGCCCAGCCCGUAUUCAGGAAGAUCGCUCGAACAGUUGGUGGCGUCGUCCCAAUCAACUACAGGAGAGUGUCUUGCUUGAAAGAUGGAGGCAUGAGAUUCACCGUCAACGGCAACCCUUACUUCUUGCUGGUACUUGUCACCAAUGUCGGAGGAGCCGGUGAUGUCCAACAACUGUACAUGAAGGGAUCGAGCACCAACUGGCAACCCUUAAAGCGCAACUGGGGCCAGAUGUGGCAGUUCACCGGCAACAGCAGAAUGCACGGCCAAGCCAUCUCCUUCAAGGCUGUCACAAGCGACGGGUCUGUCGCGGUAUCCAACAACGUAGCCCCACCCAACUGGGGCUUUGGCCAGACCUUCGAAGGCUCCAACUUUUGAAGCAACUGAUCAUCGGCCCGCUGGUCGUGCUGGCCUAAGCUUUUCUGGGGUUCAGCAUAGCUGAGGCGUUCGACAAAAGUGACCGCCCGCUUCUGCAUACUAUAUAUAUAUAUAUAUAUACAUACACGUACUCUUCAUUUUCGUCGUUGAGUGACCUCACAGUGUUCGGAGCGAGUGACUGCAAGCAAACUUCUAUUCUUGCACUCCUCACCGAUAAGCCCCAAGUCGAAGAUGAAGAGAGGAUUAUAAGGGAUGCCGAGGUGUGUGUGCCAGAUGUUCAUUCAUUUUGUUUACUACACCACCCGCUCCUUGCAGCUGUAUUAUUUACAAACACGAUGUCAUCGAUCGGCAUGAGCUCCCCACAGUUUUCUCCCAUGGACCUCAUGCUUCUUCGAUGGAGGAGGUUAAAGAGAGUUUUCCCCUACGAGCCAGGAUUAUAUUUGAGACCUGCCGAGGUGGUUCAGCUACAUACACUGUACUUCACAGAUUGGCCACCCGCACUUUCUCAGUUCAACUUUCGCAAAUUAUGGAAGUGAGUCGUGCACAAGAGCAUCUUCUUGCUUGUAGCAUUCAAGUAUUCUUGCAGGUCCUUCUAAUUUUUGUUUCACGUUUGACACAAAAUGAAGAUUUUCUUUGUCUUCUUCACUAGUUUUGUUCAUGACGUGGCGAUAUCUAGAUGUACAAGAGGAUCAUGAUUUUGGUUGGAGAACUGUUUCUCCCCCACCACUUCGUGAAAGUUGAUUUCCAUUGCCAUUUCGUUGCACGACUUAUGCAGAUUUUUUAAUUCUAAACCCACUCUACUGUGGGUUUGAAUAUUUUAGAUGUUGUGAGUAAGCUCUCUCAUGAUAUCUUAGUAUACUUUAUGAAUGUUUAUUACAGCUUCUGUUCGGGUUUAA